AUGUUUAAUCGAUAAAACACACGAAUCAUCGUUGAAAAAUGUCUCGUAAUUGAUAAGAAAUUAAAAUAAAUAAAAGAUUAGAAAAACACCAAAUUAUUCAUCAUCAUCACCACAUCGUCGUUGAAGGAAAAAUUACGAAAUUCUUAUCUUAUCGUCGCUUUAAUAUUAAAAUAAAAUAAAAUAAAUUCGCAUUAAUGACAAUAUUGUGAUAAUUCAUGUCAUUACACGUUAUAACUUGAUCAAAAGUGUCGUGCCGCGCUCAUUUAAUUUUGUGAAAUUAGAAUCACAAUUAAUUAAUUUAUACUCAAAGUAGUGCGGAGUGCGCCAAAGAAAGCGAGAAAAAUAAUUAAAAAUAAAUAAAUACAAUGAAGAUGAUUGAAAUGUAUUCAAUUAUUUAUGUAACGUGGAUGUGUGCCGUCAUGGGCAGUGCAACAACGACGACAGCAACGCAAAAAAUAAGCGAAAUUUCACAAAACUUGAUCGCCGACAAGGAUUUAAUCAUGCGCGAUGACCAAAGAAUCGAGGAUACCAGAAAUGUGAAAGACAUUAAUUGCUUCUGCAAUCUCCCGAUUUGUGCAGCAAAGAAUUUCGUGUGCACGACAAACAACCAAACGGGCGGCUGUUUCUCCGAAAUUCAUCAUUCCGAGUCGGAAGUGGGUCUGCCGAAGCGUCAUGGAUGCAUCGAGUUCCUCAAAAAGAGCACGAGCGAUCUCGUGUGUGAUAAUGUGCCGCGAAAGCACGUCUUGGCGCCGCAAGUUGGCGAAAUCCUGGUGCUGUGUUGCCAAAAUAACUUGUGUAACUAUCAGCACUACGAGAAUAAUCAAAAGUCAAAAGAUACCACGACAACGCUGCUGACGAGCACCAACAACGACUUUUAUUUCAAAAUUGCCGUGAUAAUUGUGCCGAUUCUCGGUGUCAUUAUUGUUGCGCUGCUGAUAAUUCUGGCGAUUAAGAUGCUCAAGUCGGACGGCAUGGAUUCGCAUCUCAAGCAGUCCAUCGACAAUUUGGGCCAACAAUACAAAGCGGGCGGGUAUGGCGUGAACGCGAUGCAUGUCGAGGAAGGAUUGACGGGUGCUGAUAACGAAACGCACAUGUCGCUCCUGUGUCAAGCCAGUGCGGCAGUUUGUGAUAAGAAAAAUGAGAAUUUAGCGGUGCGCAAUCACUUGCUUAGUCUCGAAUAUACGCUCCUGCCAAAUUCCUACCAAGACAGCAACAUCAAGUUGCUGAACACCGAGGAGGGUGUCCUCAAUAAUUUGUAUAGCAAAAACUUUAAAGCGCCUCCGUGUGCGGCGGGCGGUGCCCAAGCCAAACAAAAUAUCACGAAUGAAGUGAAAAACGGUGAUAAAAUUUACGAUAAGGAACUUCUCAAUCCCGUUGUGGUCAAUUGGAAGUCAAAUAUUAGGAAUAAAAUUAAUGUUAACUUUACUGAUAACAACAACGACGAACAGAACUAGAAUUUCUUAUCAAAUUUAAAAUAAUUAACUAAUUACUAAAAAUAAUAUUUUGUAUAAAAUGCUCCAAUAUUUGUUCUAUCAAUAUUUAAAAAAAUUUACUUCUUGAACUUUGCCUUCAUUUUUUUCCAACAAAAUAAUUUUCACUUUUCAGAUAAAAGGCUGUGAUGAAAAAAAUUUCUUAACAUUUUUUUUUUGAUUGUUAGUAAAUAAAUAAAAUUACGAAAAAUAAUAAAAAAAAAAUAAUAAUAAACCGUAAAACUAACCAGAGAAAAUGUAAAUAAAUGCCUACAAUUAAAAUAUUUGGCAUCCGCAAUACAAAAAAUUAUCUUGUUAUGAUGAUUAACAGAUACUUUAUUAUUGGCCUGCGAUCUUUGCGUUACACACACAGAACAUGAGAAAAAAAAUAAUAAUUAAAAAACUUGUAAAUAUAGUUGUUUAAGUUUGUACCGGUCAGUCAUGAGAGAGAAAUAAAAAAGUUAUAUAAAUCACUCGCGAUAUUUAAUUAUUUUUAAUAAAAAAAAUUCUCAUUGAAAAAUUGAUCUGUUUUAAAAAAUAAAAAUAUUUUUAAUACGAAGAAAGAGAUAUCCUAAAUAUGUAUUUGAAUUUAAGAUUGAAUGCUCGACGGCAAAGAUCUUAUUUUGUAGUUAUUUAUUAGAAACAGAGAGAGAAAAAUCUCUAGAAUGAAAAAGUAGAUAUUUUUGUAUAUGUCAAUUUUUGUA